AUGCUCUUCUACGCCACAAUCAGCAGCAUGGCUGCAGUCCUCCUCGAAGCCAUUCUCUCCGUCUCCCAGCUAUUCAGCAGCAUGGUGUUCACCACCGGCUUCUUCAUCGGCAUCGCCGUCGCCGUCGCCUCGGGCGCUCUCCUCUUCAAGCUUCAACGUCCUGCAGACGCGGCUCUCGAUGAGCAGCAACCGCUGGAACAGGCUCCUGAGCAAGACGAAGAGCAGCAGCCCGUGCCCCCAGCUCCCAAUCCACUCCAACCCAACAUCUUCGCGCCCGAAAGCCACGUCCUCCCCACAUUCGACAUCCUGAACAUCAUCUGGCGGCUCGACGGCAAGGUCGAUAUGGAACUCGUGCCAGCCUACCCAGACACUGAAGAAGAAGCACAAUCUGUGUGGUUCCGUGAUCUAGAGCGCGAAGAUGUGACGUGUGUUGUCUGCUGGGACUUCUUUCGCCUCUUCGACGACGACGAACCAAACGCGGUUAUGCGGCUUCCUUCCUGCAGACACAUGUUCCACGAAGAGUGUUGCACAGAGGGGUGGAAUAGGGUGAUGAGCUGUCCGAGGUGCACGAAGAAGUAUGUGUGGAUGCCGGCGGAGGAAGGAGAGAUGAUGGGAAGGCUUUUGGAACAAGCUUGA